AUGGUCAGCUCCCUACAACAUACGUUUAACUUGCAUGAAUUUGGUCUGACUUAUCGGAGAAAAGAGCACAUAAAGCCAAGUGCGCCGGGAAAGAGGAUUGAAGCAGCAAUGUUAAUUUUAUUGACCAUAUGUCAAGGUCGCAAGAGAGCUCUUCAACUGGAUGAUUUACAACAAGAAUGGCGGCUCAUUAAACGAUCUUUGUUGUGCAAACACAUACGGACAGAUACACGCACACACGCAUAUAUACACGCAGAUACACACAUGUACAAAUAUUUCCCACAAACAUGUGAGAAGGGGAAAAGGGGAGACAAAUCUAUUCUGUAUCUAUUGGUUGUCGCAAAUUUGAUGUCCAAAGUGCUGCAUGAACUUCAAAUCCGAGUUCCCAAGGGAACACGUGCAAUACUGAGUGUAGCCAAAAAAGAGAUAAGUGAGAUGCGCCGCCGCACCAAAGCGGUAGGAUGGAUAGUGAAGGUUUCAUUUCCGAUUCAUGACGCACAUAAAUUACUUCUACUAAUGAAUCGCCUUCCGCAAUCACGAACAAAUGCAACGCAGCUUAUUGCACGCUCUCCCCUCUGCAAACUCCCGGAAUUAAUUUCGCAGAAAAGUUGA